AUGGUCUACCUCACCACCACUCCGGCCACGCUCACUUCCUACGUCCACUCCUGCCGCACCUACCUCAACACUCACCGCUCCGUCGGCCUCCACAUCAUCAGCAAGCUCAGCGCUGUAUGCACAGAACUUGAAAUGCUUGCCACCGAGCUCGACCAGCACAGUCUGCGGCUUUCCUACGGUAACUGCUCCCCGUCAACCUUAAUGAGCUCCUUCGGCCCCGGUGCGGUGAACAAGCUGCUCGCUAUUGGCAUAAAGGUAACAAAAGUGGUGAACAUGGUCGCCGGGUGCUCAGAUGCGGCUUUGAAUGCCGCGGGGGCGGUGAAAGAGUGUUUUGAGUGCUUGAAGGCGAGAGCACAGGGGUAUGAAAGUGCGUUGGGGGCGGCCUUGACGCGCAGUCCUAAUCAGGCAUGGGGGUAUGAGGCGAAAGCAAAGUUUCUACCAAAGCGUUAA